GAAAAUUGAAAGAUCUGAGGACUCUGGAGACAACGCCAGCACCAACAUACAACCACAAGACACUACAUGACGCAGAAGCUCCACCUUGAGCUAAAUUAUGUUUAGAAUAUCUGCUCUUACCAAGCAAAUCAUAGCUGCAUAACAAUAAGUGAAUUGUUGUGAUGUUAGAUGCUAACACAAUACUUCAUUAUUAUUGAGAGGAAUACAGUCAAGGAAACCAGUGACUCUGAAUUUGCACUUUUAGGCUGAUUAACUUUCAUACUUAUCUAAAAGACUGAAUUGUGAGUUAUCUUUAUCACUUAUUUCUGAAAUAUAACACCAGACUAGACAUAAUUAAUAAGCGAAACACAGGCCUUGCUCUAAAAUUAGCUAUUAGCCUAGCAGGUGUAGUGAGCCAAAAUGGCUGACCCCUACCAAAACAAUGUAUAUCACCAAGGAGGGGGUGAUAGCUAUGGCACUUAUGGAGAAGGUGGUGGCCAUGAUGGAUAUGGUUACCAGGCAGACUACCCUCCCCAGGAAGAGGAUGCAGCAAGUGAUGUGACUGAAGGACAUGAUGAAGAGGAUCAGAUGUACGAAGGAGAAUAUCAAGGCAUACCACAUCCCGAUGAGGUGAAGGCUGCACAGAGAGCUGCACGAGCUAAAACUCGAGCUGCUGGUAGUGCAGUGUCUGAACUAGAGGAGUUGUCUGAACAAUAUGAAGACAUCAUGGAGGACUGCGGCCAUGGGAAGUUCCAGUGGACGCUCUUCAUGGUGCUGGGCCUGGCUCUGAUGGCAGAUGGAGUCGAAUGUUUUGUGGUGGCGUUCGUUCUACCGUCUGCAGAAAAGGAUUUGUGUCUGUCCAAUGCAGAGAAAGGAAUGUUGGGUCUGAUGGUCUUCCUGAGCAUGAUGGUGGGAGCGUUCUUGUGGGGCGGCCUGGCAGACAAAGUUGGCCGUCGGCGCUGUCUGAUUGUGGCGUUAGCUAUAAACUGUAUCUUUGCCUUCCUGUCGUCAUUCGCCCAGGGCUAUGGCUUCUUCCUUUUCUUCAGGCUGCUUUCUGGAAUUGGUAUUGGUGGCACAGUGCCGAUCGUGUACUCGUACUUCUCAGAGUUCCUUCAGAUGGACAAGAGAGGAGAGCACCUGUCCUGGCUGUGUAUGUUCUGGAUGAUUGGUGGGAUCUAUGCUUCAUUCACUGCUUGGGGAAUCAUACCUAGAUAUGGCUGGGGGUUCAGCAUGGGCACAGAGUUCCAGUUCCACAGCUGGCGGGUGUUUGUCCUGGUUGCAGCUCUUCCUGCUAUUGCCUCUCUGGUUGGACUCACCUUCAUGCCUGAGAGCCCCCGUUUCCUCCUGGAGAACGCAAAGCAUGAUGAGGCGUGGAUGAUCCUGAAGCAGGUCCAUGACACCAACUGGAGGGCCAAGGGACAGCCAGAAAAAGUCUUCACUGUGACUCACAUUAAGGCUCCUAAGACAGCAGAGGAUGAGUUCAUUGAGAUUCAGAGUGCUACAGGAACAUCUGUACAGCGAUGGGCUGUACGCUCUCUUACGCUCUGUAAACUGGUGUUGAGGAACGUAGCUUCUCUUCUGUCUGCAGAACUGAGGUUUGCUACGCUCUUCAUGGCCAUUAUUUGGUUCUGUAUGGCUUUCAGUUUCUAUGGCCUUUCUGUUUGGUUCCCUGACAUGAUUAAACACCUUCAACAAGAGGAGUAUGAGUUAAAGGUCAAGGUGUUCUAUCGAGAACGAGUGGAGAACUUCCAUUUUAACUUUUCUUUAAAGAAUCAGAUCCAUAAAGAAGGAGAAUACAUUCGUGACAAGUUCAUCAAUAUAGAGAUGAAGUCAGUGAAGUUUGAGGACUCACUGUUUGAAGACUGUCGCUUUGAGGACAUCAAGUCCACAGACAUAGUGUUUGAGAACUGUACCAUCCGUUCCACUGUCUUCUAUAACACAGACCUGUGGGAGGAGAAGUUCGUCGACUGUAAGAUGGAGAACACUACCUUUGAGCACAACAAACAUGGCUGCCACCUGGAUACAUUUGAGGAGAAUGAUGUUCUUAUUUACUUGGUCAGUUUCCUGGGCAGUCUGGCUGUGUUGCCAGGCAACAUCAUCUCAGCUCUCUUCAUGGAGAAGAUUGGCAGGGUCAGAAUUAUAGGUGGAUCCAUGCUCAUAUCAGCGGGCUGUACCUUUUUCCUAUUUCUGAGCUUCAGCCAAUCAGCAAUCAUUGCCCUACAGUGUCUGUUCUGUGGCGUCAGCGUAGCAGCAUGGAAUGGAAUUGACGUGGUGACCGUGGAACUGUACCCUGCUUCUAAAAGGGCCACAGCAUUUGGCGUGCUGAACGCUCUGUGUAAGCUGGCAGCGGUGCUCGGCAGCUCCAUCUUCAGCAGCUUUGUGGGCAUCACCAAAGCUGUCCCCAUUUUGCUGUCUUUCACUGCGCUUGUGUGUGGAGGCCUGGUGGCCCUCAAACUACCUGACACACGAGAGAAAAUCCUCCAGUGACAUCAUUUGAAUCAUAACAGGCCAAAACAUACUCACUUAAUGUUGGAAGCUGUUUGAAUUGGUUGUUUUGCGUUUGAAAGAAAGUUUUUUUUUCAUGUUGUCCAGGUGUCAGGGGAAAGGGAGGAGGGUUGGAGGGUGUUGGUCCUUCCACUAAAAAUGGAAUGCAGAUGGUUUUAAAUGUACACAAAUCUGGGUCUUCCAAAGAGAGGCUGAUACUAAGAAAAUGCAUGUUUGUUUCUAUCCAAGAGAGGGUCAUCCUUUAAUGAAUCUGUUAAGGCACACUGGAUUUACUAACCACAUAAUGAAGAUGCAGGUGAGAAAUAGUGUUAGUCUCCCAGUUGUUCCAUGCAUGAUGGGGACUACGUUCAGAAGCUAGCCACAUGUUUCUGUGACUCGGCACUUUUUUAGGCUUUACAGCAACUGAAGCAAAAAAAACGCCAGUGUGCUGAAAAUGUGAAAGAGGAAUAUUCAUGUUUGGAAUUCUUUGAAGUUUAAGUUUCUCCAUAUCUUGUGCUGUUACAAAUAUUUUCUUGUUCUGGCUUGUCACAUAUCAGAAUACUGUACCUAUUGAACUCAUCUGUAUCUGUGGUCUGUGUACAAUAUCAAUUGUCAAGAUUUUGCAAAGGAUAUUUUCUUAAAUUAUU